AUGGAGGUAGUUGGGCUAAACUUUUCAAGUGCUACUACACCUGAGCUGAUGCUGAAAACAUUCGACCAGUAUUGCGAAUACAAAAAAACUCCUAAUGGACUUGUACUCGCUCCUGUACAGAUGAACAAGUGGCUGAUUUUCUUUUGUGAUGAAAUCAAUUUGCCGGACGAAGAUCGCUAUGGCACUCAACGCGUUAUCUCUUUCCUUCGUCAGAUGGUGGAGCAUGGAGGAUUCUAUCGAACAAGUGAUAUGCAAUGGACCAGAUUUGAAAGAAUUCAGUUUGUCGGUGCCUGUAAUCCACCCACUGACCCCGGUCGCAAACCUCUUUCUCAUCGUUUUCUUCGCCACGUACCUCUGGUUUAUGUUGACUAUCCAGGUGAGACAUCAUUGAAGCAAAUUUAUGGAACCUUCAAUCGGGCUAUGCUGCGAAUGCUUCCAGCUCUUCGGCCGCAGGCAGACGCUCUUACUAACGCUAUGGUUGAGUUCUACCUGUUGUCGCAGCAGCGUUUUACUCACGAUAUGCAACCACAUUACAUUUACUCUCCUCGUGAGAUGUCUCGUUGGGUUCGUGGCAUUCAUGAAGCCCUUCGACCGCUUGACACGCUGUCGAUAGAAGGUCUUGUCCGUAUAUGGGCGCACGAAGCAUUACGCCUCUUUCAGGACAGGUUUGUCAUUUGA